ACCUUUGUAUCUGAUAUGCAAACUUAUUGUCUAGAAACUGACUAGUGAUGUUUGGGGCUAAUUCUGAGUGCAUCAUGGAAUUGCCACAUAAUGAAUCAAAUUUGCUACUUAGGAUGGGUGAUCGGGUAACCAGUGAUGUUGUUGUGAGGCUCAGAACAGAGGAGGGCCGUGAUGAUUGGGUAUAUUGUCAUUCACAGGUUCUAGUAAACAAGAGCAAAUAUUUUGCAGAACGAUUAUCCGACAGUUGGCCAACAUGCCAAAUUCUUGACUCCCGCAACUGUGUUGAGGUAUACUGUGAAGAAUCUGAUUUUGAUUCCCACGUCAACAUCCUUCGACUCUUCUAUGUUCCAAUAGAUGGUUCAGUGACGGACAUGUGGCAUGGUGUUAGAAAUGCAAUUGGUAUUCUAAAAGUAGCUUGCAAGCUGGGGUGCCCUGAAAUCAUUACCAUAUGUGUCGAAUACUUGGAAGCAGUCCCUUGGGAAGAAUCAGAGGAGGAAGAGAUUCUGAAAAUUAUACCUGGGCUGGGAUCAUCAGUGGAACCAAUACUUGCACGCCUCCAGCCAGUUGACCAUAGCGCUAUACUCAAGAUUUUCCUAUCUGCUCUUCAAUUGGCCACUUCGUCACCCCCUCGCCAAAUGACUGAUCUGAAAACCUCAGCCCAGGAACAGCUGGAGUACAUGCUAACUGAGGAUGAUGAUGCUCCUAUAUUGGUAGCUGAUGACAAAAUAAAGAUAGAGGUGCUACAAUCUGUGAAGAGAAUUUUCACAAGGUUUAAGAAGCUUGUAGAGUCUUUGCUUUGUGAUCAACAGGAGUCCGUUUCUAAGGCAGACGAAAUCCAACUUUUUCAUUUACACUUGGCAGAUUUGUUAUGGUCUUGUCAAAUAUUGGCCAAGUUGGAGUGUGUGAAAGAUUUUGUUUACAACUGGAUGGAGCUCUCAGAAAGUACCAUCAAAGUUGUAGAGUUAGCAAAUCCAGCAUUGGAAACUAAGUUAAAAGUUCUAGAGAUAACAGCCAAAGUUAUAGAAGCUAUUGGAUAUGGCACCGUUGUCCUUCCUGCUACAAAGCGCUUUCAGAUGUUGAAGGUUUGGCUUCCAUUUGCUAGGCUGAUGAAGCCUUUGACUGAUAGUGUUAUCACUGAUGACGACAAUCAUCUUAUGGUAAAAGGUGACAGUGAAAUAUGGCAAUCCUUGGAAUCCGCUUUUGUCUCCUUAAUUCUUACAUUGCCAUCGGCUGAUCAGGCUGAAAUUUUAACAGAAUGGCUGAGUUGUGAGCAUGUUCGGUAUCCCGAUUUAACUGAGGCUUUCGAAGUGUGGUGUUACAGAUCCAAGGUGGCCAAGAGAAGGCUUGCAUUGGUUGUUGAUGAAAAUGGUACAACUGACAUGACAUAGAUAGUUCUCCAAAAAGUUCGCCUCUGUGUGUUGCUGAUAACCGUAGCCUGUAGUUCCGUAGGUAUAAGCAACCGAUUUUAUUUUUUUUUUGCCGUUUUCUAAUUGCUUGAAGCAAAUUGGAAAAUGCGUCGAGAUGUAUAGCUCUGUGAAUUGCUUGUUAAUGCCCGACUUGUCUCCAUCUCAGGUUAAUGCCAAAACAAUUGCAUGGUUUUCAUGUGGUAAUUUCAUCUCAUCUAAACACUCAAUAGUUUCUCUAUUCACUAUUACCGCUAUACGUUUUCAUGUUUUGUUCGGGUUAAUCUAGCAUGAUUUGCUAACACUGUCGUUAUUAAGGGUAUACAAGGUGCUACUUCGACUUUUUUUCGUCUAUGCUACCCAGAGAGGCUGUGCAUUGCGUCUGUAUUCCUGAUCUUCUAGUUUUUGUUUCUAUUUUCGUUUUACUGUUCUGCAACUUCUUGGCAGUGAUAAAAGGGUUAAAAAAAAGUAUCUUGCUAAUUACAGGUACAACAACUGUGGUUAGAGAAAUCGGACCUCAACCACUGAAGUACCGAAAUCAUGACAGUGAUAAAGAAUCGAACCUUUGACUAAUGAAGUGAGCAAACUAAUCUUUGUUAUCUGUUGGAAUAGGUAACUAUGGCAUGCCUUGUAAAGAGCAUUUUCGAGGAAUUAUGUUGCCAUGGCCCCUGAUGAAGAUGCCUUGCACUAAAGCCAAAGGACAAAGGGCAAACGGACAGACAAUCACCGUCGGUGAGGUUUACAUCAAUUGAUCAAUCCAUACAUAGCAUCUGAGACGAAGAAUCGUUUUUUCUAGGAUAAGUUGAUAAGGCCUAAAGACUCUUUACGACUUAAAAACCUCGGUGGUCCUUAAGCAGUCGAAAAACUUUUGACACUGAUGCUCAAAAAAGCCAGUGAAGUGUUUGAAUGGGGCAAGCAAUCAUCCAUUUAUAGUAGAUCCACCAUAUUUUAGUAUAAUAUUUAUAUCAGACCUGCAUUUUACACGCAUAGGUAAUCUCCGCUUUUGGUUUACUUCCUUUUCGGUUGAUCCAUGGUCCUGCAACAACAAUGGGUCUUCCUUACAUUGUCUUUAUUAUACUUUUGUUCUGUACUUUUAGCUAGGAGUGUGGAUUCCUUUUCCCCUUUGUUAUUCCUGCAACUUGCAAGCUAAGACUUCCAUUGUCAGGAUCCUUUUGUAUUUUUUCAAUGAGGAGCAUACAAUCAUAUCAGAGAAGAAAAUGAGAACUGUUAAUAGAUGUAGUAAUUAUACUCGCCAUUAUUUUUCUAUACCACCCAAAAAUAACUAGUUCCCAAUACACUAUAACAAUCGUCUAUCUUAUCUAACAGCGACAAAAUUAAUAUACAAUCUUCUUCAACCAUGACAUCUAAAUGAAAAAACCUAUGCUGUCUAAGUACUUUAGGAAAAAGUGGACAGUAUAGACCUAUACUAUACUAUGGAGUAAAAUAUGUUUGAUUUGUUUUUACACUAUAUUAUAUGGGAUUCCCUUCUUGUAGUAUUAAGAGAUAGCCUGAUAUCAUCAGCAUUUGAGACCAUGCCUGUGUGUUCUCACCAUUGCUCUAUGAUGACCUAUUCAGGUUACAAAGUCUGGCAACAAUUGGGCGGCGAACCUUUUUCGGUUCUGAAUGUUGAUGGUUUCGUAAACACUAGUCGAGUGACUAGAUGUAGGGGUGUUUAAGCUGCCAUACUCGUCUGCUUCGCCGAUUUCAACUCCUCUGCCCAAUUGUAUGUUUUGGUUAGGGAGGAAACUCUGAUGAGCUCCUGAAAUCGAGAGAUUUUCACAAUGGGGUAGUCCCAAAGUCAGGGACACCCCAUUCCCUGAAUAUGGCCCUGGAAAUUGCUCUGCGCUAAACCUGCCAAUAUCAGCGAUUGGGUAUGUACCGAAACCUCCAAUGAAGUUUGUUGGUGCUCCCAGCAAUGAGAACCCGUCCCUGCUCUGCCUCUCGGCGCCGAAUUUAAUCGGCAGGUGGUCAUUGUUUGAGUCAUUGUGCUUUGCAUCCAUACUCAAUGACGGAACACUGUUCGGGGAAUGCAACAUCUCGACGCCUCCUCGAAGCUUCUUUGGACUUCCUUGUGUCAUACUAUCCAUUUCAGGGGAUCCAAUGAGGUUGAAAGCUGGCUGGUUGUGAAUGUUUAAUCCAGUCGGGGAAGUAGAAGGGGAAACUGAAACAGGACUCGCGCUGAUGUUUUGGUUUGUGAAGUGGUCCUGUUUUGUUAUGAAACCUUUGUUGUUUUGAUUCUCCAAGAUGGAAGUCUUAUCUUCAAGAGGAUUGGAUUUGGACCCUGAAUCUUCAUUCUGUUCGCUUUUGCUCAUCUUGUCCUCGGACCCAUUCUUUUCAUUCUCCUUAAUCUCCUCCAUGUACAUUUCUUCCACCAUCGGCUUCCAAAGUCGAACUCGGGCAUUGAUGAACCAAUUGGAUACCUGAAUCAUGAUUAUUAAACCACACCCAGAUGAAAAUUUGUCCAAUUCACAAUUCAGGAAUACCAAUACAAUGUUUAACUAUAAAGAUUGCAACUUUCUAAGUACCUGGCUCCUAGUAAGCCCUGUCUGCUUUGCAAGCAUGAGUUUGUCGGAAUCCUUGGGAUAACUGCAUGUCAUUUUAAAGUUAUUUAGUACGAAAUUCUUCCAAAAUGAGAUCGAUUCAACAUCUUGCCGAAUACUAGUAAUAGAGAAAGAAUUUGGGGGUGUGGGGAAGAACGUACGGAUGGAGGAAGUGCUCAAAGAGCCAAGCACGAAGAACUGAAACAGAGCGCUCAGGCAGACCUCUUUGGGGUCUCCAAGCAUUAUGCUGGAUCAUACCCAAUUGCUGAAGAGCCCUUUGUUGCCUUAGCUGAUUAUCAACAAAUUUAAGCCUGGAGCCCUCAAUUUUGGCUCCCAGAUUAUCUUCCUCGCCCAAGCUCUUGCUGGCAGCUCGAAUCUGGCCUAAAAUAGCAUCUUUGAGGCACCGGAACUGCUUUGAAAUGGUUUGCAAAGCCAGGGCAGUGUAAGUCUUUGCGGACCCGAUUCCGGCUGCUUGCUCAAACCAAGAAAUCACGAUUUGCAUUUGAUGAUGGUACUGCCUGUAUCUCUGCUCCAC